AUGCCUAGAAACUUCCAGCAAUGGUUCCCGCAAUUUGCUCCGUAUUUCUCUCAGAUACUGCGCGACAACUGUAGCUCAGAGUAUCAAGCAUUUCUUGGCGAGCCUGAUCUUUGGCCAAAUCACCGUAUCAACACCGUGGUGUCGUGCAUGCUGAACCACAUUGACGAGAGUGGAAAAGCCCAGAUGGCAGCCGCAUCGGUGUUGCUAGGCAUUCUUCCCACCAUCCUUGGCAUGGUUGGAUCCAACAUUACCGAAGUCGGCCUUCUGGCAUUGCGGCAGCCCAUCCUUGCAAUUCUUCUAUCUCUUGGAGCCCCUGUUGUCUCGCCUAUCCGAUCCUUCGAUUAUCGCAGCCCGGUCGAUAUAUUAAAAACUAUACCGGACGCCAUACAGGCGUUCACGAAAUGCCAGCAACAAAUUUAUCUUGUAAAGUACAUGAUUGCGGUAGCAGCAAUCGGAAACGUAGUUCAUGUCAUUUGGCAGCUCUGUGUGUAUUCUGUCUGCGUGUUCUCUGGAAGUACCUGGUGGCUACCUGCACUCUGGGCUGGUGUUUCAGUCAUACCCCAUCUCCUGGGCGCUUAUGCAGUUAGAUUGAAACUUCGUGUUGUGCCACACAGGUCACUCUUUGCUGCUAUUGUAGCGUCAUUUCUCACGAUACUGCACCUUGUUAUGGGCACUGUGGUACUCUCUAGCGCCUUGUUCAUCAGCCCGUCUGAUGCAGUGGUUCUGUCAAUUCGCCUUCUUAGCUCAGCGGUUGUAUGUAGAGUCCUUCUUAUGUUUGAGUUACACAUUAUAAGGCAUUUUUCACAACUAUGA